AUGAAAAACACAUCGUCCAAAGUUCAUUCGUAUAAAUCCAUAACAGCAUCAUCAUCAAUUGGAGAUAUAGACACAAUUGUAGAUGGUUUCACCGACUACUCUUCGACCUACACUGAUUCUCCUCAACAGCUGAAUUGUUCUGGUGAAGGCGGAAUUAUCUCAGUAUAUAAAAACACUCGAGGUGGCAACUUCCUUCGUCUUGAUUGCUACACAUAUCAAAUUAACCAAUCCAUGGCGAAUCAUAUCAAAUGGAAAUGUAGACAAAGUCGAAAUAUGAUCGAAUGCAGCGCUAAAAUCUAUUCGACUAAAAACCUAGGAACUAAGCAAAUGCCAGCUUAUCACAAUACAUGA